AGCAGUUCAGAUCAUUUCAGGACCAGAACCACAGAACAGAGAAGAGUUUCUGAAAUGUACAUCUAAAGCACACACACACACACACGCUUCUGGGCCUGUCACGAUAACAAAUUUUGUUGGACGAUAUAUUGUCUCAGAAAUUAUUGCGAUAAACAAUAUUAUUGUUGACGUCUUUUCAAGACAAUUUUAUGCCACUCGUAAAAUAAUAAUGAUCAUGCAAAUACACCCUUUCAUAGAACAGUAAACUUUUUAAUUAAGUCAACUUAUUCAGUUCCAUGAGGCUGGCAGGGGGAGUCGCUCUCUUCUGUGGGAUCUUUAACUAGGUUUAGAAUGCUAGUUUAAGCUGAUAUGUGAUUGAUCUAACGGUAAAACAGCACGAGGGCUCGAGAACUUUGACAGGUUACAAUUUUACUUGGCAACUGAAUGUAUCUGAAUUCUGAUUGGUUGUCGUAUCUGAAUUCUGAUUGGUUGUUGUUAUAUUAUUGCGCUUUUGUUGUGUUCUUGAGCCCAGAGUGGGGGGAGGGGGGAGUGACAGGGUUCAUCUCAUCUCAUUAUCUCUAGCUGCUUUAUCCUUCUACAGGGUCGCAGGCAAGCUGGAGCCUAUCCCAGCUGACUACGGGCGAAAGGCGGGGUUCACCCUGGACAAGUCGCCAGGUCAUCACAGGGCUGACACAUAGACACAGACAACCAUUCACACUCACAUUCACACCUACGCUCAAUUUAGAGUCACCAGUUAACCUAACCUGCAUGUCUUUGGACUGUGGGGGAAACCGGAGCACCCGGAGGAAACCCACGCGGACACAGGGAGAACAUGCAAACUCCGCACAGAAAGGCCCUCGCCGGCCCCGGGGCACGAUCCCAGGACCUUCUUGCUGUGAGGCGACAGCGCUAACCACUACACCACCGUGCCGCCGAGUGACAGGGUUCUACAGAGAAAAGUUUUCACUGCAACCGAACUGCUGUUUUCGUGACCACGCCCCCAGCGCGGAUAUUCAUGUUCACAUUGUUCAGUUUGUUUUUCUCUUUUAUUUUAGAUUUCUGUUAUCUGACUCUGGAUCCCAACACGGCACAUCGUCGCCUCAUUCUGUCUGAGAAGAACAGAGCGGUGAGAUACAGUGAGAGAGCGCAGCGUUACUCUGAUCAUCCAGAGAGAUUUGAUUUCUGGGAGCAGGUGUUGUGUAAGGAGAGUGUGUGUGGACGCUGUUACUGGGAGGUGGAGCGGAGCCUUGUUGGUGGUGUGUCCAUAUCAGUCUCAUAUAAAGACAUCGGCAGGAAAGGACGGGGUGAUGAGUGUGGGUUUGGAUACAACAAUCAGUCCUGGAGUCUGCGGCGUUCUUCUUCUUCUCUCUCUUUCUGUCACAACAGCAUUGAGACUGAUCUCAGAGUUCUAUCCCCCUCCAGAAUAGGAGUGUAUGUGGAUCACAGUGCAGGAACUCUGUCCUUCUACAGCGUCUCUGACACGAUGAAGCUCCUCCACAGAGUCCACACCACAUUCACUCAGCCUCUAUACGCUGGGUUUGGGGUGUACUGUAGUUCUUCAGUGGUUUAUACAGUGAGAUUGUGUGAUCCAGAAUAAAAGUGUGUAGUGUUUUCUGUAAAAUUCCUGCACGUUGCCACGUUGUUGCUCAGUCGUCUGUUUCACUAGAACACAAUCCAGCUGCACAAAAACACUCAUUUUAAUAUUUAGAUUAUAAAAUAUGCCGAUGUCGUGUUCAUCCCAUAUUCAGCCUGGAUGAUGAUUGGCCCGCAGAUAGAACCUUAUAAAUCCAGGUUUAUCUGAGUUUGGGAUUUUUAUUCAAAUAUUACAAUCACAGCUUUGCAGAAUAAAAGAUAAGAGCACAGAAGAACGCCGCAGACUCCAGGACUCCAGGAGUUUCUGUGCUGAACUCAUUUUCAGACAGAAGCUUUUAAUACUGAGGUCAGGAUGUCAACAAGCCGCUGGAUUGAUACGCAACGAGGUUUUUCUCCACUUUGGAUGGAUAUUUUUAGAUUUAAUCUGUGGGAAAUAACUACAGUGUCUUAAAUAUGUGUUUGUGAAAAUCACUGUAAACCUACAACUGACUUUCCUCCAAAAAACAUAUCUUUUAAUGUUGUCAUAUAUAUUGUGUGUGUGAAUAAUGAUAAAUCUGUCUCUGUGAACUGGACCUGUCUGUGCUCUGACUCCUGAUUUAGAUUCUCAACAUGAUUGUUGGAAAAACUUUUUUUUUAAUCCUUUUCAUUUUCAGUCAAAUAAAGCAAAAAAAAAUUCUGUUGCAGUUGACUAUUCUGAUUGGUCAGAAAGUGUUGAUUAAAUUUCUAUAACAGCA